UUGAUCUUUCAAAAAUCAAAACUACAAAGAGAUUUUCCUUUGAAAAAUGUUUAGUAAUGAGUGUAUACAUUAUAUUGCAUAAUAUAGUAAAUUGAAGGGAAACUGGGAAAUAAUGUGGUGCAUGAAUUCCCAUAUAAUUUUCACAUUUGGGUUUCUAAGUGGUACUAUCAUUUCAAUUUUGUUUCAAAGCAAGAAGCAGCUAUUCUUCAAAGAUAAUGAUUCGUAUAAUCAAGGAAUUACUUUCAAGCCACUGUAUGCUCGAAAAUAUUCAUCCUUUGAUUUAUUGAGAUACGGAAAUCAUAAUUUUAUUACAGAAUCUGAGUACUUGUUCCAAAGCAUAAAAAUUCUUUGUUUGAUUUUCGUUUUCAAAGAUAAAAAUUUCGAAUCUAUCGAAAAUACUUGGGGAAAACACUGCAAUGCACUCGAGAAGUUGUAUAUUGAUAAAACAAGAAGUAUAUUUCCUUCAAAAUCAAACGCUAGAGCAAACUCUUGGAUUCUGUUUUGCGAAAAAGUGAAAAAAACCCCAGAAUAUUACAACUGGCUCCUAGUUGUCAAUGAUGAUACUUAUGUAAUAAUGGAUAAUUUACGUUAUUACCUUGCAAAUAAAAAUAGUUCAGAAAAUUUUUAUUUGGGUCAUCCUGUUAAAUUUUGGAAUACCCAUUAUAACUUGGGUAGAGCUGGAUAUGUCAUGAGCAAAGGAGUUAUAGCCAAAAUGCAAAUCUCUACUUGUGAUAACGAUAUUUCGUAUAGAAAUAAGGAAGAUUAUUUGUUAGGUAACUAUUUGAAAAAAUUGAAUAUUUCUGUCAUGGAUACUAAGGAUGAUUUUGGUCUUUCCCUCUUCCAUCCUUAUAAUUUAAAUAGGAUUCUUUUCCCUGUUGAAAAUCACAAAUUUCAAUCAGUAUAUGAAGCCAAGUGUUGUAGUAGAAAUACAAUCACUUUCAAUGCCAUGGAAGCAAGUAAAAUGUAUACCUACCAUUAUUUGUUAUACACUCUGCAGUUAUUUUAUGAGGGCCAUUUAGGAAAUCGUAAACCAGAGAAACCUCCUGAUGAACUGGUGUGGCAAAAAUUCUUGAAAGACCAGAAUUUGCCUCUCAAUAUAACAAACGAGGAGUACUACAACGCAUGGGAUAAAUUAAUCGAUAGCCCUGAUGCUUUUGGAAGGAACAUGAAAAGAGAAGAUUAUUCUGAUAUGGAAUAGACACACUGUAGGUGGAU